AUGAGGCAGGUUUCCGUUCAACCAGUGCUGGCGGCAGCUUUGCUGCUGGCCGCACUGGCUAGCGCUCUUCCUCACGAAGAUCACGAGUCUAUGGACAUGUCAAUGGAUAUGAAGAUGGACGACAGCAUGGGCCAUAAUCAGACAGCAGCGGCGCCAACCACUGACCCCGCAAUGAUGAGCUACUUCGCAUACGGGAAACAUACGGGCACAAUUCUGGCCCACAUAAUCCUGAUGGUGCUGGCAUGGUGCUUUGUUCUCCCCGUUGGAGUCAUGUUCAGCGUUGCGAAGUCUAGAUAUGCGCUGCCCACUCAAUUCCUGUUUCUGCUGGUCAAUGGUUUUGGUAUCCUUGUAGGAAUCAUCUACAACAGUCAGACCCCAGAUCUCUAUGAGAACAAUGUUCACCAUAAGAUCGGCUGGAUCGUGACCUGGGUGGUGAGCGCGCAAGUCAUCAUGGGCUUGAUUUUCGCAUACUCUGGUCGCGGAAAGAGCGCCCAGGGUAUUUCAUAUGAACGUGCCUCUUUCCUGCCUGUGUCUUCUCAGACGAUGGCGCAACACCAGAAUACCUACCCUACCGGUGCUGUGCACGAAUACCGGUGGUCGGGUGACAGCGGUCAGGGUACCGAGAGGAACUCGUCCUCUCUCAAUAGCAGACCUUCGUCCCCAUCGAGCAGCUGCCCCUCCCCGGAAAUGUACGAGAUCUAUGGAAAGCCGGAAGAUGACCUGGAGGAGGAUGAACCUACCGCGCCCCGUGGCUGGAUCAAGAGCACCGUGCUGGACCGCUUCCUGGCCAAUCGUGUGCCUAACUUCGUCUCCGAUCGCUUGCUCAAGAUCCUGGGUGUCACGUACAUUGUAAUUGACCGGAUUAUCCUGCCGUUUGGUUUCGUUGCGUUGGUGACCGGCGGUGUGGUCUAUGGUGGUAUCUUUAGAGGUAACAACAUCUUCAACGGCCUUGCUCACUUCAUCAAGGGCGGAAUUUUCUUCUGGUACGGUCUUCUGACACUGGGUCGAUGGAUGGGCUGUUGGGCGGACUUUGGAUGGGCCUGGAACGUCAAGCCCCCAAGCUCUGUCGUUGGCAAGUGGAAGUCUCGCAUUCCCACUGGCGAGUUCACUGAAUCUCUCGUGAUCUUCUUGUACGGUGCAAGCAACGUCUUCCUUGAGCAUCUGGCCGGUUGGGGAGGCGCGUGGAGUGCUAUGGACUUGGAGCACGUGUCGAUCUCUGUCAUGUUCUUUGGCGGUGGACUGGCUGGUAUGCUUUUCGAGUCCAAGCGCAUUCGGGGAUGGCUCAACAACACUGUCUUGCGCCCGUCUACGCAUCUCGACGCCUACGGACAACCCGAUCCUGCAUGGCAGGUUCCCAACACCCAAGGAGUCUCGCUCAAUCCGAUGCCUAGUCUGGUCAUUCUCCUGCUGGGAAUGAUGAUGGGCUCGCAUCACCAGGCGUCCAUGGUUUCUACCAUGGUCCACAAGCAGUGGGGAACUCUGCUGGUUGGAUUUGCGCUCGCGCGCUCUGUCACCUAUGUUCUCUUAUUCAUCAAACCUCCGACGUCAUACUUGCCAUCCCGCCCGCCGUCCGAAGUGAUUAGCGCAUUCUGCCUCAUGGCAGGCGGUCUCAUCUUCAUGCUGAGUACCAAGGACGUUAUCGACGUAAUGGUCUACUAUGACCUUAAUGCGAUGUUCACGUUCACUGUUGGUAUGGGCUUCACCGCCUUCAUCAUGGCGAUGGAGAUCUGCGCUAUUGCCAUCAAAGCGUGGGCGGUCAACCGAGAGGCUCCGCCCAAAUUGGCGCCCGGCUUCCGCUUCCCCGCAUGAGCUUGACCAGCGCUCUGGAUAUCCCGCGAGCACGGUUGCUUGCUCCCGCGCCGGUGGGCCAACCCUGGAUUUAACUUAAUAUUUUUCUUUUCUUAUCUUCUAGGA